UUGAGUGACCGAGAACAAGAUAGAAGAACAGAGACUUCAGAUAAAAUGGCGGAAGGAACCUGCCUCUGCUUGGCUCCUGCCUUUUCAUUACCUCCGCGCAUCAAAGUUAAAGCGGAGUUGAAAGAGAUCAGAGUCUGCACCAACCGCACGUGCCGCAAACAGGGCUCCAUGCAGACCUUCGAGACUCUCACGGCCCUGGCCCCGCCCCAUGUGGCCGUCAACACGUGUGGGUGCUUGGGCCGUUGCGGGGCCGGGCCCAACCUCGUGGCUCUGCCCGGUGGAGUUAUGGUCGGACACUGUGGGACGGCAGCUAAAGCUGCUCAAGUUACGAUGGAGCUGUGUGGAAUUAGGGGGUCUGGGGAUAAGAGCUUGGAGGCGCUUGCGCUGAGGAAGAGAGCAGAGGGUGAGUUUGAGAAGGGUGAUUUCGAAGAGGCUGAGAGAUUGCUGUGUCAGGGUAUAGAUUUAAAACCAUUUGGUGGUAUCCAUAUUCUGUAUAAAAACAGAUCUCUGGUAAGAUUGGCAAUGGGCAAGUACUCAGGAGCUGUUGAAGAUGCUAAUGAAGCUUUGAAGUUAGCACCACAGUAUAUUGAGGCUUACAUUUGCCAAGGUGAUAUCUUUUUGGCUAUGGACCAAUAUGAUGCAGCUGAGAAGUCAUAUUCAACAUGUCUGCAGAUAGAUCCUUCUAUUCGUCGUUCCAAAUCAUUCAAGAGUCGGAUUGUGAAACUGCAAGAAAAACUCAGUGCUGCAAAUGUGCCUUAAAUUACAUAACAUGAAUGAAGUCACAUACAUCAAUAAUGAUCAAUGUUGUCAGAAUACUUUUAAGAUGUUUCUGUUCUUUCCAGACAUAUGCAAAUCAAUUUAUACUUACCAAGAACAUGGCCGACAUGCAAUUCUUUUUCCUCGACUCCAGUUGAAGGAGUUCGUGAAGGAAGUCCAGCCAUCACUGUCACCAAAGAUGUGAGUUGCUCCGCCUGCUUCAAGCAUAUUAAGAGAUGUGGUGAGAGCAAGAUAGAGUGUGAUCUGAAGUACUGGUAAGCUCAAGAGAGCAUUUUGUUUUGCCCCCUUAUUGAAGAUGUGAUAAUAUUUAGAAAAGUUGAUAGAUAUGAAAAUGGUUUUUCUUCACAAAACCCUCAUUAAUACAAGUUAAGAGGCUCGCAUUGUUCUGGUGUCCUGAUUAGGCAAUCAUGUGAAUUAUGUUAGAAUUCUGUUAUUGUGAAAAUCAGUUAUCAGUCUGUAUUAUAACUUUUUAUACAGUUCUUGUAGUUCUAAUCCAACACAUGUUGGCAACUUAUGGAAUGCAUAAUCGCUUAGGGGCACUCAUUUAUGAAUCGAGAAAAUUUUGUGUUUUUUGUAAAUUCAGAAAACAGAUCAAACAUGUUCUUUGGAGAGAAUUUCA